CAUUAGUAGUAUUUCAGAAUUCAGUUCAGGCAGUUGAGGAAGGUGUGGGCUUGCUGAUCCGCGCAAGCCUCUAAUGCUCUUCACUGCUCGCCUGGUUGUGGCAGAGGAGAUUCGAAUGACAUCCAGCCAGCAAACUGUACGCGUUGUGGUGUUCUAUCGCGACGCUUGACGCGUGUGUAACGCUCCAACAGCAAACAGAUCAUUGAGUUGAGGAACCUGGUGAGGGCUGGACCAGCAUCUAAAGACCCGCCUUUUGUUUGUGGAUCUACAACCGGCGAAGUGAAGCGGUCAGUGAGGUACAACUCUAGCUGAAUACAGAUUCCUGUUGUGCUCGAUCUCAUUCAAGAUGCGCCUCACUACCUUGCUUGUGUGGCUGGCGAUGUGCGCCGUUCUACCGCAUUCCGCGCAGUCCGUGUUUACGCAGUCGCAGAAAGACGCCAUGCUGAACGCGCACAACAACGCCAGGUCUAUCGCCUCACCUACGCCCUGUACGCCACUACCAGCCAUGACGUGGAACACUGUACUGGCCAACGUGGCACAGGCGUACGCUGACAGGUGUAUUUACGAGCACAAUGGAGCAAGAACAUCGGACACCAACGGAGCUUUCUCGUAUGUGGGUGAAAACCUGUACAUCAGUACGAACACGCCCUCUGACCCAGCCGUCAGUGUGACGUCAUGGGAUAGAGAGAAACAAGACUACGACUACGCCACUCUGGCGUGCGCACCUGGCAAGGUCUGCGGUCAUUACACCCAGAUUGUGUGGAACUCCAGUCAGCAGCUGGGCUGUGGGGCGAAACUGUGCGACGCGGCAACCACCCAAAGCUACCCAUUCGACAAGAGUAAAUACUCCAAAGGUUACAUUGUGGUGUGUAACUACGGACCCGGUGGCAACUAUCGUGGUCAGAAGCCAUACAAGGCAUGUGCACAGUCUACCACACAAGUGCCCACCACUGAGAUGCCCACCACCGAGAUGCCCACCACGCAGAUGCCCACCACGCAGAUGCCCACCACGCAGAUGCCCACCAGUGAGAUAUCCACCAGUGAGAUGUCAGCCACCAGCAUCACAUCCCAACAUCCAUUGCCAGCAGCCACAUCCAGCACACCCCCUGAAGCGGAGCCUUCUCAGGCAGCUGUCAACAGCACGGGUCAGUUUCCGGGGACCACGCUGUCGGAACGCUCUGCAGGCCAGAUGCUGCACCCGCAUGCAAGUCAUUGCCUCAUCCCGUCUGCUCUUAUCUUUCUCUUGUAUCUGAUAGCCUAGGCUAUGCGCCUUUUUUUGGAAGUAUGAAUUGCAUAAUAAUAAUUCUUCAAUAAAAAAUCUUGUAGGACGCAUCACGCAGCUUCAUAAGUAAAAAAUUGGUUGUGAGCAACACUGGCUCACACUCAAAUAACUGCUUUUCACCAGAAAAAUAUUAUAUUUCAACGUUUCGGUCAUGAAAUAACCAUCAUCAGGAAUGAAGUGGGCACACCGGUUAGGAUGGGUUAAUAUACGAGGAGCGCUGCAAACUGAUAACAAAUCACACCUGCAUGCACUAUGACGAGAGAGAGAACAAAAGGACAAAACAUCACCAAAAAAACCCAGGUAUAGAAAUAACGCAAUACGCGACAACUCUAAAAAUGGCACAGGUACAAGCAACAAACAGAAUGUACAUGUGCACUAGGUGCGUGCAGACAUGUAAUUGCAGGCGCUAGCAACAACAGUAGUAGCAAAUUUUUAUAAUUCUUCAAAGUAAUAAUAAUAAUUGCAAUUUCAUCCUGGUUCGAGUCCUGGUGGUGUGACUGAUGAUUUUUUCUUUCUUUCAUAUCUGGCUUGCAAGUGUUGAGUUUCGGAGAGAAAAGAGCAGUACGUGGCAUGCGGCCUCUAAUUUCCUAACACUUUGUGAAAUUCUCCGUGAAGUCCAAAUUUGAAAUUGCAAUUUGUAUUUGCUCGCAGUGGACAUAGUUUGAUGCGCUCCCCAUGAUAUCAAGCGAAUGGCCGAGGGCCCUCUUGA